CGCUCCCAGCGGCCGCGGGUCUGCGUGGAGAAGUCGCCUCGCGGCGCGGAGCGCGCCAGCGGCGGCGGCGGCGGCUGCCAGAGCGCGAGAUGCGGCGCGCAGCCGCCGGACCAUCCCGGCUGGGAAAACUCGCGGGCGGCACUGCGCAGCGCUGACCCGGCGCGGGUCCGAGGGGUGUGCCCCGGCCCCUCCCGCCUCCGCCCCCUCCCGCGCCAGUCGCGCGCCCCUCCCCGCGGCGGCAGCGGCAGCGGCGCAUCCAGGGGCGGCGCGGAGCCGAGCGGCGCGCCUUGCUCAGCCCAGCAGCCAGUGCCUGCGAGCUCCGCGGCUGCUUGGGGAAUUCACUUUGCUGCUUGUUCGCUUCUCCCUUCCUCAGGCUUCUUCUGAUGGUUUUCCGUCUCCGGCCCGAGCCUUUCCUUUAAAAGGAAAACUUUACUGCGAUACCCUUUUCCUCUUGGAGGAGAGGAUUAAAAGUUCCAAGAACUGGUGCCGCCCGUGCCAUUUGGGCGCUGGGAAGGUGCUCGGCGGCUGGGUUCCCGGUCCCACCAUGUGCACCAACAUAGUUUACGAGUGGCUCAAAGCGCUGCAGCUUCCUCAGUACGCGGAGUCCUUCGUGGAUAACGGCUACGAUGACCUGGAGGUGUGCAAGCAGAUCGGGGACCCGGACCUGGAUGCCAUCGGGGUGCUGGCGCCCGCGCACCGCCGCCGUAUCUUGGAAGCCGUGCGCCGGCUGCGGGAGCAGGACGCCAACGCCGCCGGCCUCUACUUCACGCUCGAGCCGCAGCCGGCGCCCCCCGGGCCGCCCGCCGACGCCGUCCCCACCGGCCGCCGGGGGGAGCCGUGCGGCGGCCCGGCCCAGGGCACCCGCGGGGACUCUCGCGGCCACACGACCGCCCCCCGCAGCAGGGAGCUGGUGAGCUACCCCAAACUGAAGCUGAAGAUCAUGAUCAGGGAUAAGCUCGUCCGUGACGGCAUCCACCUGAGCAAGCCCCCGUACUCCCGCAAGGUCCCAAUGGCUGGCAUCCUAGAGUACUUAAUGAAUUGGCCGAAGUCAUCACAGAGCCGCUAGAUAUCAUUUUUGAGACCUCGUGGAGGACUGAUGAGGUGCCUGAAGACUGGAAAAGGGCAUAUUUAGAACCUUCUUUCAAAAAGGGAAAUGGAUGAUGACCCUGGAAAUACUCAUCAGCUUAACUUUUUGCUUGGACAAAUUCUGGAAUAAUCAACUUAGUAAACUGGGUAACUGGCUUAUAAUAGCUAGAAAUAAGGCAGUGAACUAUCACGCAUAAAGAAGUACUGAGUUCAUUUUUUAAGAAGAUAUCAUGAUGAGAUACAGUCUUACGCAUUUCUUGGCAUUCUCCCUUCCAUUCUUAAUGAAAACAGAUGAGGUUGGCUAAGGCAUUUGAGUCAUAACUUAUUUUAAGUACAAUAUAACAAAAAGGUAGAUUUCUGACAGUAAGUAGUAAUUAUAUUAUUUCCAAAUUUGCUUUUAACUUGAGAACAGUAGCUUUAAUUUUUAUAUUCAAGCAUACACUCUACUUCAUUUCAUAUAGGACCAUGUUUUCAUAAGAUAAGACACAUAAUUCUAUGUAGAAUAGUUUGGUGAAGGAAUUCUUAUUUUAAGGUGCUUUUAUAUAGUUAUUUUGUAUAUUGGUACAAUGUUAAAGGUGAUGAAUUAAGGAACAUCACCAAGAGAGGACAAUUUCUUCUAACUUCUCUUUUUAAAUUUAAUCUGGCUGAGGUUUAGUAUUAGGACUAAUAAAAGUGUCUUGCUCUGACAUGUAUGAAGCAAGAGCUAGCUAUUUUACUUCAUAGCUAGUUUCUUGCACUCUGUGGAGACUGCCAGGGCCGCAGCCCACAGCCUGUUCUGAGCUGCAGUGCUUUAUCCCACCUUGCUCUCCAGGCUUCUGACUUCAGGCCUGUGGGGGCCGGGAGGUGGGCAGCAGCAGUGGCCUGAGGAGCCCUGUAGAACUACGGCCGAAAAAGAAAGUAGAUUGAGGUGGGGGCAGGAAAUUAACAUGAAUCUAGAGUUUUUCUAAUUCUUAUCGUCUUAUCGUUCUUGUGUUUGGAUGCUAGUAGUUUCUUUUUUUUUAGACAGAGUCUCGCUCUGUCAUCCAGGCUGGAGUGUAGUGGCACAAUCUUGGCUCACAGUGACCUUCGCCUCCCAGGUUCAAGGAAUUCUCCUGCCUCAGCCUCCUGGUAGCUGGGAUUACAGGCACGCAUCACCACACCCAGCUAAUUUUUUUGUAUUUUUAGUAGAGAUGGGGUUUUACCAUGUUGGCCAGGCUGUUCUUGAACUCCUGGCCUCAAAUGAUCCACUCGCCGUGGCCUCCAGUAGUGCUGGGAUUACAGGUGUGAGCCAUCACACCCAGCCUGGAUGCUGGUAGUUUUAUUUUCUGCUUAGAAAAUGCAACCAUGUUGAUGGGACCAAAAACUUAGUUGAAAGAAGCCAUGGCAAAAGAUGUUGACAUACAGCAGGCUCCUGAGGCUGUCAAUUUCUUAGAGCUCCCAAAUAGUACUGCAUUACGGGAUCUACUACUUAGAAGAAUGUACAAGAUGUAAGUUCCCAUCGGCACUGUCAUGGUAAGAAGAAUAAGAAACUCUCAAAGGAAAAGAAACUUACAUUCACUUUUUCCUGGUCCAUUUUGGUUCCUAAGAAUAGAUAGGCAAUUAAGAAGGAUAUUAGGUUUCUAAGGGCAAUUUUAACACAAUACUGCUUUAAAAAUCUGAAGUUUAAAUAGUUUAGCUAUUUCUGUAGGUUAAUUCAGGCACUGACUAAAAUCAGUCUCAUUAUCAUAUACAAAUGUAAGGAAGUUAAAUUUUAAAAGCAUGUAUAGGUUGUCCUUAAACUAUACAAAAGCUUUUAGUUUCAUCAGGAUUAUAUUCCAGUUAACCUUUCAUCUUUUUUUUUUUUUUCAAAUGAACUAGGGUCUUUAAAAUUCCUAAGUAGAUUCUUUUGAGUGGUAGGGGAGUCUGUAUAGAUUACAGAUAUAAUUUAUUGUGAUAACAAAUGGCUUCCUGUUUGACCUCAUUUCCAGGUGUCGCAUCUGUGGCUGAUUUAUUUCACAGAUGUACAUUUGCAUGUACUUGUUGAACUUUGCUAGGAAGGACUCAAUUUUUGAAAAAUCUGUUAUUUUCACUGUGGGCCUUAUGAGGCAAUCUACUGCAAUGGAAAAAGGGUUCCUUGGUCAUUUCAAGUUUUAUUUUCUAUUAGAGUAAUAUCUAACUUCAAUUAUUUUGCCAAGUUUAAACCUUCUCUCUAUGUCUACUGUUAGAAUUUGAAAAUAACAAUGUUCUACUUAAAGUAAGAGUCACAGUCAGCAAAAAAAGCCAAUGGAUUUUAAAAAGACAUCUUAGUUAAAGCUAGAGGAAGAAAACUUCAAAUAAGCAAAGAAGUAUUGAAGGAUGCCCACGAAUUCCUUUGCAUUAAAAUCAAGAUGAGGUAAGAGGUAAAAUAUAAGAGAAAGGGAUUAUUUUUACCAUGAAUUGUAUCUGGGGACAAUUAGUCUUAGAAGGAGUAAUUUUUUCAGCAUUUUUCCUCUGUAUCUGAACACCAAUAAUAUACUUAAUUUUUGAAUAUAAAAGAAGUAGCAAUUGACUAAGAAUAAAUAUGUUAUAAAAACUAGAGGAUUAUCUUGAUUUACAUUUCCUAGAGUAUUAAAAGAGAUUAAUUACAGACUUUCACUUGAUUAUAUUGAGGAGUCUGGAGGGUCAUAGCAAAAUUUUCUUUAGUUCAUCUUAAAAUUUAGGGAGGUAAAAAAAGAUUUUAUUCACGUAAAAGAUUUCUUGGCAUAGGGAAGGCAUAAUGUUAAGGGCUUCUUCCUUACCCAAGUGGGAGCUGAACCAGUAAUUGUGGGGAAAACUGCAUUUAUAGCAACAAAGGAUAGUAGUUUCUCAACCUGGAGCAUUCAAGCAAUUUCUCAGUUCAGAGAUAUUUAUAGCAUCUUGGUGUUAUGCAAUAAGCAAUGACAACAACAAGCAUUGAGCUUUCACUUUGGAGUUACUCAGAUCUGAGUUUAAAUUCUAAAAUUAUUCUAGUAGUAUUUUCCUGCGGUGAAUCUGUUAAGGAUGUAAGCUAUAGUGUAGCUUGGGGAAUCAUCUUGAACAGUUACGAAACUCAUUAAAGCUUCUUUUCCCUUGUCUGUAAAAUGGGAAAAAUAAAUACCUCUAUAGUUGUUAAGAGGCUUAAGAGUUCUAUGGCUUACACCCACAUACAGUCCUUGGCUCAGUGCUAGGCAUGUAGCAGGUGCUGACUGCCUCUCUCCCUUCCCUUCUUUACUCUCAGUUGUCUUAUUUCUUCUUAUGCAGAAGAGAUUACCUUAAAGCUGACUAGAAAACUCAGACAUAAAUUGACAUUUCCUUAUCAUUGCCUGAAACCCACUGAAUAAGUCCCCUUUGAUUUCUCUUAGGAAGGAUAAAAAAGGCUACAGUACCUGCUCAUCAUAGGAGUUCAGUAAAUGUUUAUUGAUUGAAUGAAAAGAAUUUGAUUUAAGGAAACAAUAACACUCCAUCUUGGGCAACAGAGCAAGAUCCCGUCUUGAAACAAAACAGAACAAAACAGCAAAUUCAUAAAGGCCAGCAGUUUUCAAGUCUGGGGAAAUAGGCACAUGGACAGAUUAUAUGAAGGUAUUUCAUUAGCUUUCUUCUCUUUAUGGCAGCUUCAGAUUGAUAAAUUUGAGGUACAAAUGAGUGAGUGACAUAUGUAUAUUUUCCUCUGAUUUUAUGACUGAUUUACAAAUUAGGAGUGCAAAUGGGCUAUUCCCCGAUAGCAUCUUCUGGGAAGAAUCCAACCAAGAUACAAAGCAGAUGAUGGUAGAUCGGCAAACUCUUUUCUAUGAAAAGAAAAACCAGAUAUACCAGGGACUGGAAAGCACCUGCUUGAAAAUUGAUAUGAGCAUGUCUGAAUUUUUCCCUUAUAAGAGCCUGAGUAUUGUAACAGGUCUCUUGCACAGGGGGUUGAAAAAUAAAAAAAGAAGUUAACAUAAUUAAAAUGCUUGGACAAAACAUUUGCUUUAUAUAGAUUCUUACAUGUAAUAUUUGAUUAGGUAUCAAAAUAGGUUUAGGCAGGUGGAAGUUCUGAAUUUCAAGGCAAAUAAGGCAUAAAGGGUGGAACAUUGCAUCUAGGGAAAAUAAGAGAAAUAAGUGAAAGUCUGACCCUACAUUGCCAAUUCUCAGACCAAGUACAAAGUAUUAGGAAUUUUUUAUAUCAGCUGACAUCUUGUGCUUAGAAUAAAGCCAUAUAGAUGAACACAUAGUUACUUUAUUAAAUCAAAUGAGUUGUGCAGAGCAGAGCAAAUCUAUUAGGCUUUCUCUUUUAGAGUUUUCUAAUUUUACUCUUAUUAGCUCCCUCAGUUGUCAUCAAUUACAUAUUCCUACAUCAGAUAUUUUACACUAUCAGAUUCUUUGAUUAAAAAAUCAUCUUCAGCUUUACAUUAUUAAUCUCUGAGGACAUAAAAUCAAAUAACUUUCUAGUCCAUGAUCAUUAAUCACUACUAUUUUAGAUAUUUCCAUAAAAGGCCUAAAGGGAAAAAAAAAUGGUAGGUAGUUCAGAAAAAAAUGGCCGGGCACGGUGGCUCACGCCUGUAAUCCCAGCACUUUGGGAGGCCGGGGUGGGCAGAUGAUUUGAGGUCAGGAGUUUGAGACCAGCCUGGCCAACAUGGUGAAACCCUGUGUCUACUGAAAAUACAAAAAAAUUAGCUGAGUGUGGUGGUGUGCGCCUGUAAUCCCAGCUACUAAGGCAGGAGAAUGGCUUGAACCCAGGAGGUGGAUGUUGCAGUGAGCUGAGAUCGCGCCAGUGUGCUCCAGCCUGGGCAACAGAGUGAGACUCUGUCUAAAAAAAAAAAAAAAAAAAGAAAAAAGAAAAAUUGAAGAACAUAUCUUUUCUACUUAUGAAAUAGAUAAUUUUUUAAAAUUGUUUAAACUCCUGGAAAUUAAGUGUUAUUUUUUAUUACUGCAGUUGAGAGAUACCUUUUCAGAGGAAAACAAGAGGCUAAAUUCCAUGUUAAGAGCUAAGUAGUAUUUUUUUCUUAACAAUUUUGCCAAAAUUUCUUCUACUGGACCAAAAGGAAAUAAAUCUACAAUAAAUCUACUUUCUAAAUAUUAUUUAAGAUGGGAAAUGUCUUUUAUAGGUAUAUUCUGUAUAAUACCCUUAAUUAGAUGAAUUUUCCCUUAUCAUUCCAAAAAUGAAAUGCUGUGUUAAAUAUCUCCAGGGCAAAGUGGUAUGUUGACUGGGACAAACGUUAGAAAUUGUAUUGUUCAUUGCAGUUGUUGCCCUGUUCCCCAAGCUUGUCAAUGUUUAGAGAUACUAUUCGGGUUGCUAAAGCCAUUAUUCAUAGAAAAUUUCUGCCCCUACAGAAGUGUGUGCAUGGGCCUUGGAAAAUCUACAUGUGUAUAUCUGAGUAGCGAAGCACAGAUUCACUCUAAUUGAAAGCAGCAGUUUGGUUUUGUAAAUGUAAUUGCAAUUGACACUUUCUUUUCCCUUUCAGUUAUUAUUUUUUUUAAAGGACGUUAUGAGAAGGCACUAUGAAAAGCCUAAUUGGAAUAGCAUUAUGAACCAUGUAAUGUAUGCCCAUGCACACUGUGAUUUGCAAACGUAUGUCCGCUCUUCAAUAAAUGUUACGGCUUUCACAGCGGU